UGUGUAGCUGACACGUCCCAGGGGUGCAGGGGGUGAAAGUUUCCGGGUGCGGCGUCGAGGGCGCGGCCGUCGCGGCUGCGGAAAAGUCACUCGGGCAGCUGCUGCUUUUGCUCGCUCGCAUCUUCAGAUGGCAAGCUGGAGCUGCAGCAUCCGGCCGGGAUGACCGUCCGCUCCAAGAGGAUCUAAAAUGCUUUGUCUUCUUUCGAUUGUUUUCUUCUUUGCGGUUGGUGGGCAACUGGUUUUAAGCCUUCCAGAUGUCAUCAGAAUCGGAGGACUUUUCCACCCGGCCGAUGAUCGACAGGAGGUGGCUUUCAAGUAUGCCGUUGAUAGGAUCAACGCUGACCGGACGAUUCUGCCGCGCUCGAGACUGACAGCGCAAAUCGAGCGGAUAUCACCGCAAGACAGCUUCCACGCUUCCAAGAGGGUGUGCCACCUGCUGAAGACUGGGGUCGCGGCCAUCUUCGGCCCACAGUCGCCCCAAACCGCCAGCCAUGUGCAGAGCAUUUGCGACACCAUGGAAAUCCCGCACUUGGAGACCCGUUGGGACUUCCGAUUGCGCCGCGAAAGCUGCCUCGUCAAUCUCUAUCCGCAUCCCAGAGCCAUUUCCAAGGCGUACGUGGAUUUGGUCAAAGCGUGGGGUUGGAAGUCGUUCACCAUCAUUUACGAGACCAACGAGGGUCUGGUGCGUCUGCAGGAGCUGCUCAAGGCGCACGGGCCGUCCGAGUUUCCAAUUGCGGUGAGACAACUUGGAGAAGGUCCCGAUUACAGGCCGCUUCUGAAGCAAAUAAAAAAUUCAGCAGAAUCUCACAUUGUGCUCGACUGCUCUACCGAGAAAAUCUAUGAUGUGCUGAAACAAGCACAGCAAAUCGGCAUGAUGAGCGACUACCACAGCUACCUCAUCACCUCACUGGAUUUGCACACCGUGGACCUGGAAGAGUUCAAAUACGGCGGCACCAACAUCACCGCCUUUCGGCUGGUGGACCCCGAGCGUGCCGACGUGAUAAAGGUGAUGAAAGAUUGGGCUUACGGCAGCGAGUCUCGUUUCGGCCGUAAGCCGGAUGGGGCCCAACUCACGCGGAAGGAUAAUUCCACCUUUGUAAAGACUGAAACAGCUCUAAUGUACGACGCGGUGCACUUGUUUGCCAAGGCACUCCACGACCUAGACUCGUCCCAGCGCAUCGACAUCAAGCCACUGAACUGCGACGCGGCCGACACUUGGCCCCACGGCUACAGCUUGAUCAACUACAUGAAAGUUGUUGAAAUGCGAGGCCUAACCGGAGUCAUCAAAUUCGACAACCAAGGAUUCCGGUCGAGUUUCGUACUGGACAUAGUCGAGCUAGGCAGAGAAGGUUUGAAACAAAUCGGCACCUGGAAUUCCACUCAGGGCGUCAACUUUACGCGCACCUUUGGCGAGACCUACACUCAAAUUGUGGAAUCUCUGCACAACAAAACCCUGGUCGUCACUCUGAUUUUGAGCUCACCGUAUUGUAUGCGGAAAGAUUCGAGUGAGCAGCUCUCAGGCAACGACCAGUUCGAAGGCUACGCAAUCGACCUGAUCGAGGAGAUUUCCAAAAUCCUCGGCUUCAAUUACACAUUCAAACUGGUGCCUGACGGCAGAUACGGGUCCCUGAAUCGCGAGACGAAAGAGUGGGACGGAAUGAUGAGAGAACUGCUGGACCAAAGAGCUGACCUGGCCAUCGCUGACCUCACCAUCACAUACGACCGCGAACAGGCCGUCGACUUCACCAUGCCCUUCAUGAAUCUCGGUAUCAGCAUUUUGUACCGGAAGCCAAUCAAGCAGCCGCCAAAUCUGUUCUCCUUUUUGUCUCCACUUUCCCUGGACGUUUGGAUUUACAUGGCCACAGCAUACCUGGGCGUCUCCGUUCUGCUUUUCAUUCUCGCCAGAUUCACGCCAUACGAAUGGCAAAAUCCACACCCCUGUAAUCCAUCACCCGAUCAUUUAGAAAAUCAAUUCACAUUACUAAAUUGCCUGUGGUUUGCCAUUGGAUCCCUGAUGCAGCAGGGCUGCGAUUUCUUGCCCAAGGCCGUUUCCACUCGGAUGGUCGCCGGAAUGUGGUGGUUCUUUACCCUCAUAAUGAUUUCCUCGUACACUGCCAAUUUGGCCGCUUUCUUAACCGUCGAGCGCAUGGACUCGCCCAUCGAGUCUGCAGAAGACUUGGCCAAGCAGACCAAAAUCAAGUACGGCGCCCUCAGGGGAGGAUCAACUGCCGCUUUCUUCAGGGAUUCAAACUUCUCCACCUAUCAACGAAUGUGGUCAUUCAUGGAAUCAGCCCGGCCUUCGGUUUUUGCCACAUCCAACACCGAAGGAGUUGACCGCGUCGUUCGAGGCAAAGGGAGCUACGCUUUUCUCAUGGAGUCGACAUCAAUUGAAUACGUCAUUGAGAGGAAUUGCGAGCUGACCCAAGUGGGAGGACUUCUUGACUCGAAAGGCUACGGAAUUGCCAUGCCACCAAAUUCCCCGUACAGAACAGCAAUCAGCGGUGCAGUUUUGAAAUUGCAAGAGGAAGGAAAAUUGCAUAUUCUGAAGACGAGAUGGUGGAAGGAAAAGAGAGGUGGCGGCUCCUGCAGGGAUGACACUUCAAAGAGCAGCAGCGCGGCAAAUGAGCUGGGCCUGGCAAACGUGGGCGGCGUGUUCGUGGUGCUGCUGGGCGGCAUGGGGGUCGCGUGCGUGAUAGCGGUGGCGGAGUUUGUGUGGAAGUCGCGCAAGGUGGCCGUCGAGGAGCGGCCUUCUUCCCUGUGUGCUGAGAUGGCAUACGAGUUGCGGCAUGCAAUCAAUUGUAGUGGCUCGACGAGGCCAGUCACCCGGAGGCGGCACUCGCGCCCCCAGCCGCCGCCCCCGCCCGGAGGCCUGCCGCUGGAGGUGGACGUUUGCGGCCAGCACUUCAUCCCCCUCAGCCCCUACUCGCAACACGGCUAUGUGUCCAGCAACCAAAUCAAGGACCCUCUCGUUUAAAAAUUAUCAUUUUGCUUUAUAAAAAAAAAAUUGCCAAUUAACAAAAAAUUAAAAAAAAAACAUAUAUUCCGCAAACAGUGUAAAAAUUUGUGUAGAAUGUUUAGUACAAGUUUAGCGUGGUCUCAGUUGCGGUAUUUCGCGAAUCGGAGGCUUAUUUUACCGCGGCCUGGCUGCUUCUUUGGAUAAAAAUGGGCUCUGAGACCAACCUGAGCAACUCAGUCAGAUUUUUGCUUAAAUUAUUAAUUCUCGCCGGAUUCUGUUGUGUUUCCGGCGCAGAUUUUUAAUAGGGGAAAUUUUAACAAAAAUAUAAAGAAUAAUAUUAUAAAAAGAAAAAUGCCUGUUGGCAAGGUGCGGCGUCUGAGACUUUGGAGCAUUAAUUAAGUUUAAAGAGAUCGUUUUCACAAACUGUUUACCACACGUUCUAGUCCCUUUGGUGUUCAGCACAUCAAUAAUUCAUCAAAUGGAGAAAUUGUUUAUCUGGUUUCAAAAUUCAAACUGAUGUGUUUCGUUGUUUCUAUCUUUGAUGUACGGAAUAAGAGAACUGAAUGAACACAAAUUCUAAAAAAAUUAAGCGUAUUAGAAUUUUACCACUAUAAAGCAUAAUCAAGAAUAUUUAAUUUGAAAAUGAAGAGUAAGAAAAUGCCAAUUAAAUUUUUUAAAGAGAAAAUGUAACAUUUUAAUUUUGUCAACAAGAGCACAUUUGGAU